GAUUGAUAUUCAGUUUGGUCCCGAAAACAUAGGCUUGAGCCUACUCUCAUAAAGAUAAAAUAAGACACGCAAGUCAUUGUUGUUAAGUCUUUGCACUUCCCUUUCAACUCCAUUUUCUCUCUCUCUUUCUGUGAGAUGUUUUGUUUUUCACUUCUUUAACAUAACUGAAAAGAAAACGCCCCCUCUGUCUUCUAAAACGCUUAAUAGUUUUUCUUUCUCUGUGAAAGUUUCACAUUUUGUGUGGCUAAAGCUUUUGUUUUGGUUUCGUGAUGUUAGUGGAGAGAUAUUGAGAUUUCAGAGAGAUGGGUUCAUGUGUAUCAUCAAUGCGUGAGCAAACUCCACAGAAACUUAACAUGUCUUCAUUUGGCUCCAAAAGUCAUGACCUUGUUAUUCCACCUACACCCAUCAAAGAAAAGCCGCCCCAUGGUUUCCCUCCAAUCAACGAUUGGCCAGCUCUCACUGGUAGAGGCCUUGGUAGUAAAGAGGAAAUAUUUUUUGAUUCUCGAGCUUGGUUAGAUUCUGAUUGUGAUGAUGACUUCUACAGUGUCAAUGGAGAUUUUACGCCAUCUCGUGGCAAUACCCCAGUUCAUCAGGCCUUCUCUACAAGGAAACUUCAAGUCAAUGAAACCCUGUCAACAGACAAAAAUCAUGGUUCAAGUUCAGAAACAUCUCUGACAGGAAAGAAAAUGAAACUAGCAGAACUAUUCAAGCAGAGCAUUAGAGAAGCUCCUGAAGACCAACCUGUUGACGGGCAAAAUACUACAGUCCACCAGAUUUUGGCAAAUGGGGACAUGGAAUUCCAGCCAACCUCGCUAACUCUACCUCCAAAAUCCACAAAUGGUACCCCAUACCUGUCUGGAGUGAACUCUUUGUGUGGCAGUGAAAGGACUGCUAAUGAUGAUCCUAUAACAGACAAAAAGCCAAUGGGGUCUGUGCAGUGUUGCCUUCCAAGCUUGAUUUCACGCCGUAAUUUCGGUGAGAGGAAGAAGAAGAUGAGCCCUGCCCCUGCUGUAGCAGUAAAUGGUUAAUCAAAAUUUUCAGCUCAUAUUUAGUAUGUAGAUUUAAGGAGUAUCGACUCCCUCACACCAUGAAGUCAAAGUUACUCAUUGUCGCAGUUUUCUGAUUCUAUGGCACAGUUUCUUCUGCGAAUCAGAUUUUUGGAGUCAAAGACAUGUAAAAAGCAGCUAAAGGAGAUGAAUGAUGCCAAAAAUGUUGAGGGUUUGGAAAAGAAAUCUCUGUAAUAAGGGGAAUUUUUGGAGUAAAACCCGUAAAUGGCCUAUGUAAUGAGCAUAAACAUAUUACUAAGAAAGUUUGUCUUUAUAUACAAUGCUAAUAGCUAAUUUCUUUUGAUA